CCCAGUUCAUAAUGGAUUGGCUUCCACUGUUCAUCGUCUACCCUGUGUCAUUGUACCAAGGGGCUGCCUUUCCUUUUGCACUGCUGUUUCGUUAUCUCUGCAACAAGGAUUCAUUUUCCAUUCGGGCCAGGUACCUGUUUCUGCUGGCUGGCGGCGUGGCCCUGGCCGCGGCCUCCAUGGGCCCUUACGCGCUGCUCGUCCUCACCUCCGCCCUCGGGGCCACCGUUCUGCUGUCGACCCUGGGCCCGCAGGACGUCCACCGGUGGACUUUCUUCUUCCAGAUGAGCUGGCAGACGCUGUGUCACCUGGGCCUGCACUACACGGAGUACUGUCUGCAGGAGCCUCCCUCGGCCAGGCUCUGCCUCGCCCUCUCCUCGCUCAUGCUGCUGACGCAGAGGGCCACGUCCCUGAGCAUGGACAUCCGCGACGGGAAGGCGGCGGCGGCGGCCCCGGGGCGGGCCGGGUGGCGGGAGCGCGCGUGGGAGGCGCUGCCCCGCGUCAGCUACCUGCUCUUCUUCCCGGGGCUGCUGGGGGGCCCGCUGUGCUCCUUCCGGCGGUUCCAGGCCGGCGUGGCGGGGCGCGGGCGCGGGCUCGGGGCUCCGGGCCGGCUGGCCGGGCGGCUGCUGGGGCUGGCGGGGCUGCGGGCGGCCGCGGGGCUGGCGCGGCGCGCGGGGCCCGGGCUGCGGCGCUGCGAGCGCGCGGGCUGCGUGCGCGCGCUGUGGGCGCGCGCCGCGCGGCUCCGGCUGACGUACUACGCGCAGUGGCUGCUGGACGAGUGCGUGCUGGGCGCGGCGGGCUUCGCGGGCCCCGCCCCCGACGCCGACGUGCGCGCGCUGGAGAGCGCGCACCGCAUCGCCGCGUUCGCGCGCGCGUGGAACCGCAGCACGGCGCGCUGGCUCCGGCGGCUCGCGUUCCGGCGGCGCGGGCGCCUCGCCGCGCUCCGCACCUUCGCCUUCUCCGCUUGGUGGCACGGCCUCCACCCGGGCCAGGUGUUCGGCUUCCUCUGCUGGGCCGUCAUGGUGGAGGCCGACCGCGCCAUCCACGCCUCGGCCCGCGGGCUGCUCCGCGCGCGGCCCCUGCGCCUGCUGCACCGCGCGCUCGCCUGGGCCCUGGCGCAGCUCAUCCUCGCCUACGUCCUGCUGGCCGUGGAAGGCCGCAGCCUGGCCGCGCUCGGCCCGCUCUGCGGCUCCUGCAACAGCCUCUUCCCCGCGCUCUACGGCGCCCUGCUCCUCCUGCUGCGGCUGGCGAGCCCACCGCCCCGGGAGCCGCCCGACGACGCGCCGGCCCGGGCCCGGCCUCUCCUCAGCCAGCGCCGCGCACCUGACCCGUUACCCAAGGGGUCUCUGUGUCGUCUCCCGCGAGGAGCUGCGGUUCCAGGUGUGGAAGCAAAGCGAUAUGUAAAGACAUAA